AUGACCGCUUAUGAAGAAUGUUUAGAAGGUUUACUGAAACAUCUUGACUCGAUGUUACCAGUAUGCCGUGAAUUAGGUAUAUAUAUACUCAUUGAUUUACAUACAUCUCCUGGUGGUCGUAAUACUGAUAAUGAAUGGAAUUUAUUUAAAGAAAAACGUUUUCAAAAUACAUUCAUUUCCUUAUGGAGAAAAAUUGCACAACGUUAUAGAAAUGAAUCAAUUGUUUGGGGUUAUGAUCUUGUCAAUGAACCAGUUGAGGGAAUAGUCCCAGAAGACCUUAUGGAUUGGCGUGAAUUAGCUAUCGCUACAAUUCAACGUAUUCGUACCAUUGACACUGAACAUGCCAUCAUUAUCGAAGGAGAACCAUGGGGAGGAGCAAAUGCUCUAAUUGAUCUUGAACCAGUACCUUUUGAUAAGAUAAUCUAUUCAUUUCACAUGUAUGAGCCUUAUACAUUUACACAUCAAAAUAUUUAUAAUAAUAUAUCUCCUAUAACUUAUCCCGACAUGGUAGAUGGUAAAAUAUGGAAUAUAAAUCAAAUACGUCUUAGUAUGAAACGUGUUCUUGAUUGGCAACGUGAUUAUAAUGUUCAUAUAUAUGUUGGUGAAUUCUCGGCAAUUCGUUGGGCACCAGGAAAUAGUACUUAUGCAUAUAUGCGUGAUGUUAUAGAUGUUUUUGAAGAAAAUGAUUGGGAUUGGGCUUAUCAUGCAUUUCGCAAAUGGUCCGACUGGAGUGUCGAACAUAUUGGAGAUAAAUAUAAUACUCAAACUGCUCCUGUUCCAACUGAUCGACAAAUACUCUUGAUGAAUUGGCUCAAGAAAAAUCAACACUAA